AUGGAGGAGCCAGGCGGGGGGGCGUUGUCCUCCCAAGACAAGAGGCCACUAGAGCCGGAUGAAUCUGACGAUCAGGACCUGCAGGAUCAAUCUGAAGCGGAGGAUUUGCUGGAGAUCGUUUCCGAAGCGCCCACCGAUGCAUCUUGGCCAGCGGAGGUCGAUGAAGCCGAGCUGGAUGGUGAAAUCCUCAUAGAAGAACCAACAGAGAAGCCCAAAAAGAAAAAAUCGUUGGAUGCCGCCGCGUUGGCGGCACGCAGGGUCUGCAAGCGACUCAGGCAAGAGCGGAAAGCCGCACGCAAGGCCAAGCGCAAGGCAGAAGCCAAGGCCAAGAAGAGGCGUGGCUUCGGAGCAGACCUCGAAGCCUUCCUGGUCAAGACCAAGGAGCGUUUGGACACGAAGGCUUGUGAAGCCGAGGCUGCAGCAGCCGCAGCCCUAGUGGCCGAGGCCGAAGCCUCCCGAGAGAAGCGGAGCACUGGUGCCGCGAAUGCCACCCAUGCCACAGGUGCCAUGGACCUCCGAAGUUUCGUUGCGCGAACGCGUGAGCGGCUUGCAGAGCGGUCCGAGCUGGAGAAAGCCACUGAAGAGGCUCGCCGGGCAAAGGCGGCCGCCCUGGCAGCCAACGUGGACUUGGAGGCCUUUCGGAAAGAGUGUCAAGCGCGAAUCGCCCAGCGUCUCCUGGCCAAGAUGCCACAGGUUCGUGGGGGUGUCUUUGACAAUGCCGUGGAUGACCUCAACUGGGCCGGUAUCACAAGGCGGAGGAUCGCCAUUGUGGGUGCCGGUCCGGUAGGCUUGUGGGCAGCCAUGCUGCUAGCGCAGAAGUACCGCUGGACUGAUGGCUCCGGCUGCGCUCGGCUCCGACCAGACGCACCUGAGGUUGUUCUUCUUGAGGCACGGACCAUGGAGAGCCACUGCACAAGAACUGACAUCAGGAUUGCCCUCUCUUCCUCUACAAGGGCGAUGCUGGACCAGCAGACCAAGUCUCGGAGCUUCACUUCUGGCAUGCCAGUAGCAGAGAUCGAGGACACGUUCCUCAGGCGCUGGAAGAAAGUGGCUGGGCAGGAGGCCAAGAUCGGUUACGGCUCCUCGAUAACAGAUCCAGCGGAGCUUUGCCAGACCGGGCAGUUUGACUGCAUUCUUUGGGCCGCUGGGCGGCGUUCUCUCAGUGACUGCUUCCGAAAGGAUUUGGGUUGCGAGGUGAAGACUGGCGACAGUCAGCGCGUGGUGGUUUUCCAGGUCCAGGAGCUUCAGGGGGCGGAUGCCUGGCAGCUUGGAAGCCUGGACCUUUCCGGCGCCGCCCAGCAAGCAGGCCGCUACCCUGGGCUCCGUGUGAUGCUGCGCCCAGGCUUUGAGGGCGCUUGCGCCUGCUGGCUCUGGGUUUUCGGCCUUUCCAAUGAGGUGCUGGAGUCCUUUGUCCUGAAGGGCACGUCGACCACGCAGCGGGACACGCUGGCGCAGGCUUUCGAGGACCUGGUCGGAGCGACCUCUCAGUUGCUGCGGCCCGCGCUCGAGGCCUUGCAGCAGCGCAUUCGAGCGGCAGGCAUCACCUGUAGGUUCGUCGAGGCUGCGUACUGGUCGGCAGAUCAUGCUGUGUGCCAGCUGCCGAGCUCCGACCGCUUGGUGCCUUUCAUACUGUUGGGGGACGCGCUGGGAGGAAAACCCUUCUACACGGGCUCCACACUCAACAGGCACCUUUGGGAUGUCGCGACCCUAAUCGAGGAGGUGGAGUUUGCCUACGAUGGCGGCCCCUUGGAAGUGGCGCGCUUUGCCAUGUACGAGCGGCGCUACCAGGAGUGCCUGCGCCGCAUUCCCGAGUUCCAACGACCUCGCACCAUCCUCCUGCAGUCAUUGCCCAAGCCCAUGCCUGCACCACGCCAGAAAGUUGACGAGACGCGUCCUAGCGAGCCGAAGACCUUGUCACUGCCUGCUCUUCCUUAUGGGCGGGCGCUGAUGUGA